AAAAAAUAUAUUGAGCGAGCAGUUAAAGAUUUCGAGCACAAAAAAAUAUAUUGAGCGAGCAGUUAAAGAUUUUAAGCGAGCAAUCGUAGAUUUUGAGCAGGGAAAAUAAUAUUGAGCAAAAAAAAAUCUACUCUGUGCCGCUCAAUUCCCCCGUCCUGCUCUCGCUCCGUUCCCCCGUCCUGUUCUCGCUCUGUAUUUCGAUUCCAGUGCUCGCCGUUUUUUUUCUCUGCGCGCUGAGUUGAGCAAACGCGUUACCAACGUGUCACGAAGCCAACCAAUCAGAGAGCUGGUGGUAGUACACUGGCCCUCCAAUUAGAUCACUUGUUGCAUUCGCCCGGAAAAAGCAAAGGUGACUGACUUCAACGGGAGAACGGCGACUUCGUUGAAACAACGUACGACACUAUUAUCCUAAUUACUGUCUCGUGUACUUUAGUGAUGUAAUAUUAGACCUGCCUUAUCUAGGUUUCCUCAUAUUUUAAGACGGUAGCAUCCUGCUGUGACUGACGAAGACUUAAUCCUUUCUGUUCUGGGAACCGUUAAGGGAAAUAAUGUCAGGCGAACAGCAACGACAACAACAACCGCCACAUGAUCAAGGUACAGUCGAGUCAGCAGCCAGAAACCUUGUGUCCAUGCUUCUUGGCACCUUGGCCGCAAACAGCUCAACCAGGCCCACAAGGCAGGAGACAGAGCAACAAUCUCCAGCACCUAGGAACGUAACUGUGCAGCAAGAAAUGACAAGAUCAUUUCCGGGAUAUUUCAGGUCAACUUGAAUCGUGGUAAAAAAAAAAAGGUGUUUGACGGCCAGCAACCAUGUUAUUAAGACUAACAGUAAGGUAGCUGCUCUAAAAUUUUAUCUGCUGCCAGAAAAUACAUCUUGCACACCAUUGCCUUCUGAGGAGCUUGAACUCCUUCAGGCUGGCAUGGGGGGGCAAAUGGUGAGCCUUCCUCAAGAUGGUAACCACACAGAGAUUUCCAGGCUUCUGGCUGACACAUUUCCAAAAAUGGAGAGUCUGUGUGGAGGGUGGCUUUUGCAUAAAGCUGCAGGUGGGAGUGGUCGACGGAAACUCAUAGUCAUUCCACCAGAGGCAGAGGGAUAUAACACCAAAGCUCUGCGAGCCAUGUCGGCAGGCGGCAAAACCACUUUUUACAUUGUACCACUUCAGGAGACAUUGGACACCUCUUCCUCCCGACUCACCUCAUUUCUCCAAAAUGCCAAAGACUGAAUGUUACCAGUGCAAUAAAGUGAUGCCUUUGCAGAUGCUUGCAGUGCACAUUAAGACAUGCAUGGGCACAAUGUCUGAGGAUCAUGACGAUGAUGAGUUCUCUGAUAACAUAUGUGUUGUGGACAGCAAGUGUAAGGUGGUUUGCCCAAUCUGCACGAAAGAAUUCCCAGAAGACGAGAUCACAGUCCAUGCGAGCGUAUGUGGAGAGAGGUUCGAAUGCACGCUGUCUUCAGAGAAAUGUCCAAGUACAAGUGCUCAACCACAAGAGUCCAAACCAAAAAGUGAGGAGGAUGUGCUGCUACUUCUUGCACAACAAAUUGACACCACAACAGAAUUUAAACUGUGCGUGGACCGAGAAGACCUUCUGGACAGGGCCAUUAUCCAAUGGAAAAGGAAGAAAGCUGCAUCUCCUACCAGUGCUCUGAAGGUGGUCUAUAUAGGAGAGGCCAGUAUUGAUACAGGAGCACUCAGAAAAGAGUUUCUGACUGAAAUGAUUUCAGGUAUUGAAAAUAGAUUUUUCGAAGGAGCUGAGAACCAGGGAAAAAAUCCCAAAUACUCUUUAACUGAUCUUGAUAAUGAGAAUUUCAGAACUAUUGGUGAAAUAAUGGCAGUCAGUCUUGCUCAAGGUGGCCCACCUCCUGCUUUUUUGAACGAGUGGUGCUACAACUUCCUCUGCCUGGGAGAGAUUGAUUUUCACUCUUUGUCUAAGGAUGAUGUGGCUAAUUCCGAGUCCUGUGUACUCAUCAGCAGGGUCCAAGAUUCCACAGAUGUCCAGUCUCUAAUGACUUAUGCUGAUGAAAUUAUCAACUGCGGCUACACCAGCCAGAUCAAACUGGACAGCAGGGAGAGGAUCAUUCGAGCAAUUGUUCUACAUUCUACAACAAGAGUGAUUCCAAUGCUGCAGCAGCUGAGAAAGGGCUUGGAACUGUAUGGCCUUCUGAAUCAGAUGACAUCAAACCCUGCAGCUUGUCAUUCCUUAUUUGUUCCUGGGAAGAUCACCAAACCUGAUGCUGAUUUCAUGAUGAUGAAUUGCCAGCCACAUUACAGUGAAAAGGGCACAUCCAAAGAAAGAGCUGAAAGGAAGGUGAUCAACUUCCUCCAAGAUUUCUUGGAAGAGCUUGAAAUGCCAGAUGGGCAGACAGACAGUGCAGCUGCGGACCCAGAACAUCUUACAGUGCCACAUGUGCUACAGUGGAUGACAGGGCAAUCCCACAUUCCUGUCUUGCCUGAUGAAAGGAGACAUUUUAAAAUAAAAUAUAACUUUGACCAUGAAUGCGGGGAAAGGCUUGGAGACCACUUGGUGUGUUACCCAAUUGUGAGUGCAUGCACUCAGACUGUGACUUUUCCGAUACAGCAUCUUGGCACAUACACGGAAUUCAGAAGAAUUAUGAGUGAAGCGUUGCGAUAUGGUGGUGGAUUCCACAGAGUUUAACAGGUUUAGCUAUACACGGAAAAAAAAAAACACAGGUUUUAAAGUUUUGUUAUACAUUUAUUUGUUAAUUUCACAGUUCACAGAAAUUUUGAAUUCUAUUGGCUGGAAAUGUCUGUCAAAAAGUUUACUAUAAGCAGCUAAUGUUUCUAAUAAUGUUCAUGUUCUAAUGUCAGACAUCUUGUGUAAAUACUGUAUGUACAAGUCACGACCAUGUGAGUGAGAAUGUUCCAGAGGAUCAAGAGUUCUCCGAAGUUCCUCCAUGACUUAAUCAUCCUUUGGGCAUGCGAUGUCAGGAACGACAACAGCUCCAUUUGAGUCCUGUUGCAGUAGGGCACUUUCCCAGUCAAUGUCUGGGUCUUGAAUUUCCUACAAGAUCCAGAAAGACAAAUGACUAAAGACUGUUAUAUAAAUAUUGCACUGUUUUUUGUAUUUUGUUUAAAAAUUCCUGUUUCAUUGGUCUGUUUAUACUUAAUAUAGAAAUUAAAACUGG